AACCCACACUCAAAAAAUCAGAGAAGAAAAAAGAUCCAAUCUUUUUCUUCUUUUAAAUAAGAAGAUGAAGAGUUUUUGAUUAGGUUAUUAAUGUUUAUAGUACUUAUUUGAGCGUGUAUCAGUUUAAUAUCUAUUAUCAGUUCCAUACUUCAAAAAGAUUACAGCUUUGUUGGUGUUGGUGUAUUCUACUGUCAGACAAAAGCAUGGAUCUGAAGAGUCGCAAACAAACCAGAAAGCCCAACAUCUCAGAAGCUUCCGAUUCAUCAUCGUCUUCUCGUAGUGAAUCAAACCUCCCCAUUUCCUAUAACAGAAGAAAUUACAAAUUUUCAAGCUUUAAUUCUGGCAAUAUAAGCAUUGCCAGCAAUGGCAAAAUCAACAUUGAAAGCGAAGAGGAAGAGGAAGAGGAAGAAGAAGAGGUUACAGAAGAUGAUAGUUCUCCAGUUUUAAUGGGAACUUGCCCUAAUAUGUGCCCAGAUGCUACUCCAGUUUUGAGGAAGCCAAUGAGCUCAUUUUCCUCGGACGAGGACGAUAGACCUUUGUGCAAGAGAUUCAAGAGUAUUUCAACCAAACCGAUGGGUGCUGGGAAAUCUACACUUGCUUCCUCUAAGAAAAGUUCCUCCAAGAUCGUCUCUUCUGACCGAUCUCAAGAAGGUGAUCCUAAGAAGAGCGGAAGUACUCAAACUAGGAUCGCAAUCACACUUGGUGGGAAUCCACAAACAAAAGCUAGUUUGGCUUCAGGACAAAGAUCAAAAGUCCCAACUACCAAGGAAGUGCCGAUCAUAGGAAAGCCUACUCAAUCAAGCAUUCCGGUCCUUUUAGUGUCUUCUACCGGAUCCUUAAAAAAAUCGAUAGCUGCUGAGUUGAGAGCCCUCGACUCCGAUGACUCGGAUGAUAAUGAAGAAUCCCCUUUCAUAACUCUUGCUUCAAAUCUUCCCCCAGAUGAAAAUUGCCUUGAAGAAGACUUGUCUACGUACCUUGAGACAAUCAAGAGUAUGAAAACCAAAGGAAUGGCGAUGUUCGAGGAUGAAGCCGCUAUCGCCAAUCUAAAGGAAUGCCUCGAGGUACUUUCAAGUCGAGCAACGCACCCCAAUAUUGGUCCUAAAGUGAAAAUGGCGAUCGACAUAGCAAAUGAUAAUCUUCCCACUCUUCACAAGAUGUAUCAUUCAGCCAUUCCUACUCGAACAUUUUUCGAGAAAAAGCUCCGAGACAAUGAGGAGAUUAAGAGGAAGCUUGAUCAUUUGAGAAAAGAAGGGAAAGAGCUUGCUCCCAUGAUCGGCACUCAUAACAAAAGGAUCGACUCUUUAGAACAACAAAUCCUGAAGUUGCAAGAAGAGCUGAGACUUGAGAAGGAAGCAUUGACACCUCUAGGGAAGAAAUUUGAUCAACUGAUCAUACAUGGGAUGUCGUUGAAGAAACGUCGUGCAACUUUAAAGAAAGAAAUUUUAGCUGAGCAAGCCGAGUAUGAUAAAGCCCUUAAGGAUUAUGCCAAAGUAAAGAGCCAGAUUAGCGAAUUCUUCGGGAUGUUCUGAUCAGCAUUUUAAUCCUUCUAUUUUUGAACAAUUAAUAGGUUUAGCUCGGCAUCCAUUUUUCCUUUUCACUUUUGAACAAUUCUUGAAUUGCAAGGAUCGGCUGUUGAUCUAAUCGUACUCUUGAAUGAUUGUUUCUUUUCAUAAUAAUCAUUUUAUGCGUGUUUACUUACUA